CUGCCUCGCUUUGCAGGAAGCGGAUGCAGGCUGCUCUCCGGUGUUGUGUUGAUUUCUAGAGAGAGAGCAGGAAAAGAAGACUUGACGUUUGGAGAAACGUAAACAUCCUUCUCAGUGUUGUAGUGUCUGUCUCACUUCUUAACUCAAAAGUCAAAGAAUUUCGAGUAAGUCCUUGAGUCAGUCAGUCCAUGGAAAAAAUCUAACGAUGUUCAGCUUUGAGGGAGAUUUCAAGACAAGACCCAAGGUGUCCCUUGGAGGAGCGAGUAAAAAGGAGGAGAAGGCAUCACUGUUGCACCGCACUCAAGAAGAGAGACGGAAAAGAGAAGAUGAAAGAAGACGACUGAAGAACGCCAUUAUCAUUCAGUCCUACGUACGUGGCUACCAAGACUUGAAAAAACAGUAUGCCAUACAGCGGGCAAAGUUUGACGAGCGUGUCAGCCAGACGCAGUCGGGAGGAGCUCAACACGCCCUGGAUGGCGUUGGUCUCUGCCUCUUAUCAAGACAAUUAAUAUUUUUCUACAGACAGAGUGUGGAUGCCCAUAGAUUGAUAUGGCUGUGCCAGAACCUGGUGAAGCACAACGGCCAGUUUGUGAAGCUGUUGGUCGGCCCACAGAAGAAGACAUGCGUGUUUCAGAUCAAGAGGAUCUUAGGCUUCUGCUGCAGACUCUUGCAGAGCUGCACGGAUGACAGUUUAAAUGUUGCAGUUCCCAUGCGAAUGCUAGAAAUCUUUUCUACAGAGAGAACCUAUCUUCCCGUUAUUCCAGAUGCUAAUAAUGUAGCUUCAUUACUCGAGCAGAUUUUGCACUACAUGGUACAGAAAGGAUACUACAGGUCGCUGUAUAUUCUUGUGAAUCACAGGCUCCCUUCCAGUCUGGAGUACAGCGACGCUCCCACUAUCCCCCUGGCAAGCACACUGUUGGAGCACAUCCUCAAACCUCUGCACUUUACCUACUCCUCCUGCACAACAGGCGCAAGGCAGUUUGUAUUUGCGGCUUUUACCGAGGAGUUCAUCUCUGCUCCGUUUACUGAGCAGAUCUUUCACUUCUUUGUCCCGGCACUAUCAGACUUCCGUCACUCAUUCCCUUUCGAGGCCUUCCUGAGCUCCCUCCAGGGCACGAUCGACUCCUCUUCAGCAGCACAGAGCCAAGCACCGUGGCUGUUUUAUUUUGUCCUCUCUGUAGGGGAGAACCGCCUAGGCUCACUAUCAGAGGAGGGUCUCCUGUUGUACCUCCGGGCCCUGCAGACGCUGCUGCCGCUGCUGCCGGUGUCAGAAAGCAGCAACAGGCCAGAAGUGAGCAGCGACUCGGAGGAUGACGAUGACGCUGGCAUCCAGCCGCUACCCAUGCAGGAUGACAGCCGGAUUUCAGUUCAGCUGAUAACAGAAGAGUGUGUCCACAAACUGGACACCAAACACCAGACUAACGCCCUGCUCAACCUGGUGUGGAGGGAUUCAGCCAGCGAGGAGGUCUUCACCAUGAUGGCAUCCAUCUGUCACACGCUGAUGGUGCAGCAUCGUCUCAUGGUGCCAAAAGUCAGACUUCUGUACAGCUUAGCUUUCAAUGCACGCUUCCUGAGACAUCUCUGGCACCUCAUCACCUCCAUGACAACUAAGAUGAUCACUGGGUCUAUGGUGCCGCUCUUACAGCUGAUCUCCCGAGGGUCUCCCAUGUCCUUUGAGGACUCCAACCGCAUCAUUCCUGUCUUCUAUCUCUUCAGCUCUCUCUUCAGCCACUCUCUUAUCUCUGUGCAUGACAGCGAGUUUUUCGGACAUGCAAUGGAAGGUCAGACGCAGUCCUCCAUGAUGCCCUUCACGCUGCUAGAGCUGGUGACUUUGUCUCGCUGUCUGAGAGAUGCAUGUCUGGGUAUCAUCAAGCUGGCCUACCCUAAGACCAAAGCAGAGCACAGAGAGGAGUACAUGGCUGCCUUCCGUAGUGUGGGGGUGAAGACGAACACCGAGGUUCAGCAGCAUAUCCAGGCCGAACAGAAGCGCUGGGUGCAACUCUUCAAGGUCAUCACUAACUUGGUGAAGAUGGUGAAAGCUCGUGACAUCCGCCGACCCUUCUGUCCGGCAGGUCACUGGCUGUCAGAGGAGGUCAAUAUCCGGGCCGAUAAGGUCACCCAGCUGUACGUCCCAUCUGCAAGACACGUGUGGAGAACACGGAGGAUGGGCCGCAUCGGGCCACUUCAGUCUACACUGGAUGUUGGUUUAGAGCCUCCACAGCUGUCUGUGUCCGAGGAAAGACAUCUGGCCAUCCUCACCGAGCUCCCAUUUGUGGUGCCCUUCGAGGAGCGAGUGAAGAUCUUCCAGAGGUUAAUCUUCGCCGACAAGCGAGAUGUGCAGGGGGACGGCCCGUUCCCCGACGGCAUCAAUGUCACCAUCAGACGCAACUACAUCUAUGAGGAUGCCUACGACAAACUCUCUCCAGAAAACGAACCGGACCUAAAGAAGAGGAUCAGAGUGCACCUGCUGAACGCUCACGGUCUGGAUGAGGCGGGAAUCGACGGCGGUGGGAUCUUUCGCGAGUUCCUCAAUGAGCUCCUCAAGUCGGGCUUCAACCCCAACCAGGGCUUCUUCAAGACGACCAACGAGGGCCUGCUGUACCCCAGCCCCGCUGCAGAGAUGCUGGUGGGAGACUCGUUCACCAGACACUACUACUUCUUAGGCAGGAUCCUCGGAAAGGCGCUCUAUGAAAACAUGCUGGUGGAAUUGCCCUUUGCGAGUUUCUUCCUGUCCAAGCUUCUUGGAACCAGCGCAGAUGUGGACAUUCACCACCUGGCCUCCCUGGACCCAGAGAUGUAUCGCAACCUGCUCUUCCUCAAGAGCUAUGAGGGUGACGUGGAAGAGCUGGGCCUUAACUUCACCGUGGUCAACAACGAUCUGGGAGAAGCUCAGGUGGUUGAGCUGAAGCCUGGAGGCAAAGAUAUUCCUGUGACCACGGCAAACCGAAUAGCCUACAUCCAUCUGGUGGCUGACUACAGGCUCAACAAGCAGAUCAGGCCUCACUGCCUGGCCUUCAGACAGGGUCUGGCCAAGGUGGUCAACCUGGAGUGGCUGCGCAUGUUUGACCAGCAGGAGAUUCAGGUUCUGAUAUCUGGGGCUCAUGUGCCAAUUUGUCUCGAUGACCUAAAAAACUUUACAAACUACUCAGGCGGGUAUUCAGCCACUCACCCCGUCAUCCAGAUCUUCUGGGAGGUGGUCGAAGGAUUCACAGAUGAAGAAAAGCGCAAGUUGCUGAAGUUUGUCACCAGCUGCUCCAGACCACCGCUGCUGGGCUUCAAGGAGCUUUACCCGGCCUUCUGCAUCCACAACGGAGGGACUGACCUGGAUCGCCUGCCCACCGCCAGCACCUGCAUGAACCUGCUCAAGCUCCCCGAGUUCUGCGACCAGCACCUGAUGAGGAACAAGCUGCUGUACGCCAUCGAGUCAUCCUCCGGGUUCGAGCUGAGCUGAACUGUGCUGUGCCUCCAGACACGGACGCCACAGAGGUGGCUUUGGGGUGAAAGACUGAAAAUAGACGAGGGGAAGCAAACCAUGCACUGACUGAUUUUACUGUUUGUGUGUGUGUGUGUGUGCGUGCGUGCGUGCGUGUGUGUGCGUGCCAAGCCGAUGGUGAGGAAAUGCUCCCCCACAGACUGAAAGAAGGGUCCUUUUAAAUCAUUUGAAAUGUUGAAUCCCUUCUUAUUCUUCAGACAGAUCAGCAGCUCAGUUAAAUUUUGCAGAAGGUAUUUUGUGCAUACAUUAAAAAAAACAAAAAACAAACAAGCGUGUAACUGAAUGGAGAAAUGUUUUCACCAAAGAUUAAGCAGCAUCAUGUUGAAACAGAAAAAGGCAAUAUAACAACAGACUGGGGGGACAGAGUGGGGAGGACUGUAAAGCCACUUUGUGGUGUGCCAAGGGCUGCGGAGGUGGGAGGAGCUUUUGUGUACAGCCGUCAUGAAUUUUCACGUAGAAGUCGGUGAACCUGGAGGUUUUUGUGAUUUCUCGAAUUGUUAUUAUUCCUAGUAUUAACCGUCGUGUCUGAUAACGAUACAGUAAGUGUGCACACGCCAUCUGAAGAAUAGAAAUGACUUGUCUUGCUGGAUGUUUGGGGAGGGGAGCACUGAAGGGUUUUUUUUUUUUUGUGAAUAUGUAUAUGUUUACAGCUGCUCUUGUAUUAUUCAUCUAUUCAGUAUUUGUACAGGUUUGUUUUUCCUCUCUCCUUUUCGCGUGACGAGUUUCUGUUUUCACACACGUCUGCUUUAAGGUGAACGCCCCCCCCCCCCCUCUCUUUCCUCCUCCUGCAAGUUUGCUUUUUAGAGGGGGGAAGCAGCAACUGUGUCAUGUUUGAUGAGGCUUAUAGAUGAUCAGUGUACCAACAGGCUGAAAAAAAAAUAAGAGUGUAUGGAAACAAAUAAACCCACUUUUCUUUUCUUUUCGAUUUUUUCCCUCCAUAUUUUCUUGUUACUUGUAAUUUACAGUAAUGACCGAGACAUAAAACAGUGCUUUGUGGGAAAA